AUGCCAAAACAAGUUCCAAUAGCACCCCAAUUAAAUCCAAUCAGAUUAAAAACCAAUCUCAAAAUGGCAAUAAGUAAACUUCAAUUCAUCCAGGAGAAAAAGCAAGCACUUACAAAACAACAAAGAAGAUCAUUAGCAGAACUACUUAAAAAUGAAAAAGAAUCAAGUGCUAAAAUUAGAGUAGAGAAUAUAAUUAGAGAUGAUAUAUAUAUUGAACUAUUAGAAGUUGUUGAAUUAUAUUGUGAGUUAUUACUUGCACGUAUCAAUAUAUUAUUAGACCCUGGUCAAACUGAAUGCAAUUCAAGUUUAGUUGAAGCUGUUCAGAGUAUAAUUUAUAGUUCUUCAUAUACUGAACUAAAAGAAUUAGGGCAAAUCAAAGAUAUAUUGAGUUUCAAAUAUGGUGCUGAUUUUACUAAGGAGGCUAUUGAUAAUGGAGAGGGAAAUGUUCCUGAGAAAGUUGUAAAACGAUGCAAAUUCGAUCCACCUAGUUCUGAAUUAGUAGAUUUAUAUUUAUGUGAAAUUGCUAGAUUUUAUAACGUACCAUAUUCGGGGUUGAAAGAUGAAAUAAUUGAAGAAAAAGAGGUGAGUCAAGAUGACGAAAAAGGUGAAAAGGAAACAAACCAAACUACUGAGAAACCAGAAACUAAGAAAACUGAGGGAAGUGAUUUAGAUUCCUUGAAAGCAAGAUUUGCAGCUUUGAAAGGGAGAUGA